CACUUUCCUCAUCUGAAAAAUAGGGUUUCAGGACUUAGUCUUCCUCCUACUUAGAUUGUGAAUAUUGAAUAUGUAGGAUAUGGAUUGCAUCUGACCGGCUUAACUUGUAUUUGCCACAACGCUGAGUAAAGGGCUUGGGGCAAAGAACCCCCUUACCAAAUAGAGGUUACUGUUCUUUUUACUGUUACUGCAUGAGUUAUUCUGUACUCGUGGAGUAACAAGUUGUCAAACUGCUAUUUUUUGGAAGUAAGCUGUUUUUAGGUUAACCAACAAUAUUUAUACUUUAAAAUGUUUCUUCCUCCACCUGCGAACUUUUUAACUGGCCAAAUAGGGACAAACCGUUUAGGUGAGCCCCUUCUCACAAGUAGGAAAAGCUGAGACGCGAGCAGGCGUUAGAAAGAGCAGCUUUGCGUGAAGGAAGACCGAGUUCCCUUCUUCCUCCACGAGGGCUCGGUGGCGCGCACGCUGCUAAUCGGCCCCGCCUCCUGCGUUCAUUCCUUCCAUUUUCUUCUCGUCUUUAACCGUCGGCAUCGACCCAGCGAGUUGGCGUACUUGGAGGCGAGUCAGCUCAUUUGGAGGCGUUUGGUGCCCGAAGCUGAGGCGCCGUUACUGGUAGCCGCAGUAGCACUGAGCCCCCGGGUCUCUUUGCGGAAACAUGUGAUUCCGCUGCUGGUGCCUGGCAAGUGAGUGAUCUCUCAGCCUACCCGCCACUUCGACCACCGUUGUGUUCCCGCCCCGCUCGGGCAAUGACUGCGGAUCCGGCCUCCCCGCUGCGGAUAAGGGACCGACUGCUUCAGGCCAUCGACCCCGAGAGCAACAUCCAUAACCUGGUGGCUGUUUUGGAAGUUAUCAGUAGCUUGGAGAAAUAUCCCAUUACCAAAGAGGCACUUGAGGAAACAAGAUUAGGGAAACUCAUCAACGAUGUAAGAAAGAAGACAAGAAAUGAAGAACUUGCCAAACGAGCCAAGAAAUUGCUGCGAAGUUGGCAAAAAUUAAUUGAACCUGUAACAUCUGAGCCGGUGCCCCACUUAUCAAAUCCACAUGGAUCAGCCAACAGUGGUGCUCCUAACUGUAGGCAAGAUAUGUUACCUACUACACUUGCUGGUUCAAAGUUGAAAAGCAUGAAUGCCAUCCCAGAAGUAAGCACCCCAAAAUCUGUAAAAGUGAGAAAUAAGGAAAAAAAAAUUGUUCCAAGAGAAGGACAUCAAAGCACUCCUUCCAAAGUAUCUAAAGCCAACUCUGAGUCAUUACAAAGCUCUUCUCCCAGUCCAACUACUGGGAUCAGAGGAAACUCUGAGAGUUUUCCCAGUUCUCUCGACUUCAAGAUGCGCCCAGACUCUGAAAACCUCAGGACGGAACGUAGUGAAAAUGAUAAGUAUAGCAAAAUACCAGUAAAUGCUGUGAAACUUCAGCCAAGGUCUCCAGGAAUUUUAAAGUGUACAAGCACUUCUCCACAGUUUAGGGCUGAAGUACUUCAGCAACCUGAUAAUAUAGAAGAAACCACAGGGCAGCAGCAAACCAGAAAUCUGUGUUCAUUUAGUCCUACGAAUUUAAAAAAUGGAACUUUUGUCCGACAACAGGAUGUCUGUCAUGUGAAGCAGUCAAUGGCCAAUCUUUCGCAAAGAUCACAGGUUCCAGGCCUUUCCCAGGUGCUAGCCUUGUCCCCACCUCUAAUUUUACUUCCAUCAAUGGCUCCUAAGGCAGUAAAAUUACUGGAAACUUCCCCUCAGUCGGGAACUGUUACAACUCAACCCUGUCGGGAAUGUGUGUCUUCUGAAAAUUUCCUUUGCCAUUCGGAACAACUACCUUUCCAGAGCACAUCUCCCAACUUUGAGGUCAGUUUUCAUCCUGAAGAAUCACAAUAUGGGUUUUCCCCAGGUGCUAUAAAAGUGGACACUGUUGAUUCUCCCUCAGAACCAGCCAAUAAAAAGAAAAAAAGGUACAGCUCUAGAGAUUAUUCAAUGAAUUUAGAUGAACUAGUGAGAGAAGGGGGUCUUAAACCUGUAAGAUUAAAAGAAAGGAAGCUUACAUUUGAUCCAAUGACAAGACGAAUCAAGCCCCUAAUGCAGAAGGACUCUUCACAGAGUGAUAUCCCCGCACCUAUUGAACAGCCUAGAAUGGAAAGGCAGGAGCAAAAAAACAUUCUGCACAAUCCAUUUGAACAAGCAAAUUGGAAAGAACUGUCCAGAAAUGAAAUGAUUCAGACCUAUUUCAACCGACAGAAUAGUUUGCUUUCCACUUCAGGCAUACAAACCCCAGGAGCUCAUUAUUUUAUGAGUGAACAUUUGAAAAGGGAAGAAAACAUUAGAAAAGAAACUAGAAUGACUCAUGCACAGAUAUCAAAGAGCAUACCCACAGACCCACCUGGGCUCAAUAGAGAGGUUACAAGCAAUGAUCUACGCAGAUUAUGGGAAUUUUACUGGCCAGGUGUGAAUGGUUGUUAUGAUACACAGGGUAAUUGGUAUAAUUGGACACAGUGCAUAUCUGCAGAUCCACAUGGUGCUGACAGUAGAUUGAAUAUUUUACCUUAUGUCUGCCUAGACUGAGUACAGUUUUUUGCGAAAGUGCUUUUAAAAUGGCAAAAAUGGUAGGUCACUAGCCAUACAGCCUGGAGAGUCAACUUCUUGUUGGAAAACAGAUUAGGAAGGAGAUCAUCAAAAUAAAUUCACCAUCUUUUAUAAAGUGCUUGCUAGAAGUUUACUAACAAAAAUAGCCAACAGAGAGUAUCCCAAGAUUUGGCAAAGUGUGUUCAAAACUGCAUUUAACAUUAAUCCUCCAAUGGACGCAGAUGAUUCCCAGCUCUUAUCAAUCUUAAUUACAGAAUUUACAAUAUUUACAAAAUACUGUGGAAGAGUAACUUUUUGGUUUCAUUUGUUUUCUUUAGCCUGAUACAAAACGUACAAAAUCCUGAUUUUAUUUGCAUUAUAUUUCCUUUAAUUUCAUGAAUUUUCUUAAUGUCAUGGUACAUAAGUUAUUUUAAAUAGGUAGUGCACCACAAUCUGGUUAGCCAGUUUUGCUUAGCAUUGCAUUGGUGCCACGUAUUCUAGUCUGGUUUCAUUUAAAAUUCAGUCUCUAGUAAAUAACCUGAUUUUUUUUUUACUUUUGAAAGAUCUUUUUCCUUCCAUUACCAACCAGAAAAUAUUUGCCACUUUUCCUUUAGUGCAAAUUUCUAGGAAAUUUCUUUUUUCUAGCACUGAAGUAGCAGAUGCUACUGUUGAGGGUGUUCUGGAAAUAAACUUGUUACCCGUUCCUUUAGAUACUGUUUGCCUUAUGGAUAUUCAUAAAAAAUGUCAUUUCCCAAAUGCCUUAGUAAGUCUAUAUUGUUGAGGCAAAGCCUUAGUGAAACACUUCUGAGUUUCUGGGAUGCAGAAGUGAACAGUUUUGCUAUUUGGUCCUUUAAGUGGACUCUGAUGUGAAUGUGGAAAUAAAAACAUUAUGGAAAAGAGUU